AUGGCGUCCGACUACAACACGCCCUCGGGCACCGCACCCCUCGGCUUCAUGCAGCGACUCAGCCCAACGGUCGCCUACCUGGACCCGGGCCACGUCCCCCAGGCGGCAUCCGACCCGGAGCUGAUCCUCAUGCUCUCCUGGAUGGCGGCGCGGGAUGAGCACAUCGCCAAGUACAUCGCGCGGUACCGCGCCCUGUUCCCGACGUCGCGCAUCCUGCUCAUCCGGUGUCCGCUGUCCCGCGUAUGGCUUCCGUGGAUCGCGCGCAGGGACAUGCGACCUGCCCUACCGAUCCUGGGGUCGCUGGCGGACAAGGCGGCGGCGACGACGACGGACACGGACACGGACAAGAACGGCGGCGCGAGCCAACGCCCGCGGGUGCUCGUCCAGAUGUUCUCAAACGGCGGCAUCAGCACCGCCGUCCACCUCAAGCACAUGCUCGCGGCGCGGCGGUCGCGCAGUGGCGGCAGCGGCGGCCUCGAGACGCUCCCGCGCUACGUCCUCGUGCUCGACUCCUGCCCGGGCUACUUUCGCUGGCGCAACACGCACCGCGCCCUGCUGCAGACCCUCCCGUGGUGGACCUCGCCGUUCAUGCACGCCGCCAUCGCCGUCGCCUGCAUCUACCACGCGCUGCGCCGCCUGCCCGCCGCGCAGAACCAGAACGCGAGCGCCAUCCGCGCGCCGCAGCUGGCCGCCCGCGAGUGCCGCCGCACGUACCUGUACGGCACCGCCGACGACAUGGUCUACUACCGGGACGUCGAGGACAACGCGCGCAGGGCCGAGGAGGCGGGCUUCGUCGUGAGGCUUGAGCGCUUCGAGGGGGCGCGGCACGUCGCCAUCGCGAGGGCUGAGCCGGAGCGCUACUGGCGCGCCGUGCGAGACGCGUGGGAUGGCGACCGCAGCAGCGGCAGCUCUGACGAGAAGAAGCUGGUAGAGUUGGACGUAGAGGCGUGA